AUUGGCAGAGGGAGAGAAGGUUCAAUAGCUUGUUAGUUGAGGAGAAACAGUGAACUGAGUUCUCGUGGUUGACAGAGGUUAUUGUGGGGUGAAAGUGGGCAACGUUGAAAAUUUUAACAACGGGAGUAGAUUAGAUUGUGUGUACGAACUAAGAUCAAACUCUGAUAUUUAGUGUCAUAUCGCACAAAGGAUUUCACUGCAGUGAGUGUUGCACUGUACAGGGACGCAAAAAUGUCGUCUCCAAGUCCGGGCAAGAGGCGAAUGGAUACCGACGUGGUGAAACUCAUUGAAAGCAAACAUGAAGUUACCAUCUUGAGUGGACUGAACGAGUUUGUGGUGAAGUUUUAUGGACCACAAGGAACGCCAUAUGAAGGAGGAGUGUGGAAGGUGCGGGUCGACCUACCAGACAAAUACCCGUUCAAAUCUCCGUCUAUAGGUUUUAUGAAUAAAAUAUUCCACCCUAACAUUGAUGAAGCAUCAGGCACUGUCUGCCUAGACGUCAUCAACCAGACAUGGACAGCCCUUUACGAUCUCACCAACAUCUUUGAGUCCUUCUUACCUCAGUUAUUAGCGUACCCUAAUCCCAUUGAUCCCUUAAAUGGAGACGCAGCUGCCAUGUACCUCCAUCGGCCAGAGGAAUACAAACAGAAAAUCAAAGAAUACAUCCAGAAAUAUGCAACAGAAGAGGCUCUUAAGGAGCAAGAGGAAGGCGCUGGGGACUCCUCUUCAGAGAGCAGCAUGUCGGAUUUCUCCGAGGACGAGGCCCAGGACAUGGAGUUGUAGUGUCAUCCUGACUCCUUUCCACACAAAGACUAUGAUGUUUUUCCUAAAUAUCUGAAGCAGACUUAUGAUAUUCAUAUUUAAACAUGGCAAUUUUUUAUUACUAAACAGGAAUUUUUAUGACUAUAUUAUUAGCGUUUGUGUUAAAUGGCACCCUUUUGUGAGGGUUUUUCUUUUUUUUAAUUUCUUGAUCAUCUUCCCUUCAAAUUUCACAAAGCAUCGUCAAGUCCUGUCCCACAACAGUAGUAGCCCAGUCUGACUGCAUGAGACGACUCAUACCCCAGUCAUUAUUCGGCACAGAAAAUAAAUGGGGCUGAUGUUGAUGGUAAACGGUGGCCUCCUACACCGACUGGGAAAAAAAAGGAAAAGAAACUGUUGCUGCAUCAUAGCAACACUAAAAAGUUCACUUUCACAAAUGGCCACUUUUCGUCUGUUUUGAAUUGAGCUGUUUAUUUUUACAGUAUAAGUAGUUCUAUAUGGACCCGAGUAAGGAUUUCACAGGCUUGUGCUCGUUAUCUACUACCUUAUUUGCCUCUUGCAAAUUUUCUCUGCGGAUUUUGGAUUUCUUGCUUACUCUGAGUUGUUUGUGUGUGUGUGUGUGUGUGUGGGGGGGGGGGCAAAGGGGUGUUGGACACAAACAUCAGCAAGACCUUUUUUAUAUGCACAAUGGAUAUUUUCACCUAAUUGUUCGUAUUAAGAGCAUCUUGUGUACAUAGAACAUGGCGCCAAACUGAGGAGCGGGGGCUUUUCUGAUCUGAGAUGGGAACUCUUCGUAGGCAUCAACCAAGACACUCUUCAGGUGAACUGUUGCCUGGCCACGAGGCUGCUGCCAAGGCUGUAGACAUCUGUAGUGAAAUGCAGCGAUCCGAUCGUUAAGCCUCAGCCCAUCUGGUUUUGUGUCUUAUGCGUCUUUCAUCCUUUGCUCGUGACCACAAGGAUUAUUGUGUUAUACAUGGAGAUACCCACAAUAAAAUGCCCUGAGCAUUGCUUUUAAAAA